AAGCGACGCAGCACCAACGGACACAAAAGGCUUCAGUUCCAGUUCCAUCUCGGCCUCGGCAAGAUGGCCAUCGGCCUGUUGUCGGUGGUCGUGGGUGGGGUGGCGGGGGGGGUACUGUCAGGUCCACGCGGCGGCCUCGAGCUCGAGGCGGUGAACGAAGCUGGUUGGACUUCUUUUCCGGAUUGGCGGUCGCGGGCGACCGGAUUUCGGAUGACACGUGGCCGAUGCCACACGUUGAACCAGCUGUGGGAGACAGGCGCUGGGCAUGGAAUUGGAAUUCUUCGCAGACAGCCACGUGUCGUUUGGAAACGGAAAACGGAGGGGAGUGACUGUGGCGGGCGAAUUAGAGCCGCUGAUGAGGAGGUCGGGAUACUGGCGAGUACCGACCCUUUUGAGAUUCUGGGCCUGCCAGAGGAGUGCAGCGUAGAGGACGUUAAGUCUGCCUUUCGGGCCAAGGUGAGAGAGUAUCAUCCAGAUGUUUACGAAGGGAAGUUCGAUGCCAAUGCCUUAUCCCAGCAGCUGAUCAAGGCAUACAAGGCCCUCCUUGGUGAACUAGAGGGAGCAGACUUUCAAAGGCUGCGUGAAACUAAUCCGUUCAAGGAGCCUGAAGGACCUGCCACGUGUCUGUUUGUAAACCAGUUGCGCUGCAUCGGGAAAGGUUGCAGAUAUAGCUGUGUGGAGAGGGCAGAAAGGGCAUUCAAGUUCUCUGAAGAAACAGGACGGGCAAGGGCAAGCGAUGUUGCUGACGUCGAUGACUACAAUGUCCAGCUAGCUGUUGGACAAUGCCCGGAAUUGUGCAUUCACAUUGUUACACCCAGGCAGAAGUCAGUGCUGGAGAGUUUGCUUGGAAGCGUCAUCAAUGGUGUUGCAUCCCCUGCUGAAGCUGGGUUGGAGUUGGAUGGGUUAUUGGCAAAGGCAUGUUUCGAGAACGGCAGAGAAAGGCGCAGCAAGCGUGUUGUUAAGAGGUCGGAAAAAUAUGUUGAUUGGUUCUAGCGGAGCGGGGGGACCCUGGAAGGGCCUGACGAGCCUUUCAGGCCUCAGGCCAUUCUGCAGAAACGUGGCCCACAUCAGGUGGAACAGGAAGUUUAUCUGGCAGAACGACAGCGACGACAUGUGUUCCUUCCUGCAGAACUUCACCACCAUUGUGUGGAAAUGUAGCACAAAUUGGCAGGAUGUGGUCUAAACUGCCUCUAUGGUGAGACCAGGCUGCAUGCCAUGCUCUGGAAGUACGAACCCACGGUCAAAAUCACCAAUAGGAAACGGUAGAUAGGGCAGACCAAGACCAACCAAAGAGGAGGACAGGCCAGGCUGCUCGCUGACUGCUGACACUUAACCAAAUUAGCAGCCAUAGGCCUAUACGGCGGGCUGAACUCGUUGCAAGCAACAUCGACAUACCACGUAUGCCACAUCUUCUUUACUGUGAGAACACAGGAGUGGUAGCGUUUUUUCUCAUUGCUUUUUUGACGACUAAUAAUGACAGUGUACUAUUCUAUAACAUCACCAACUUUCCAUACUGCCUUUACAUCUUUAGUGAUAAGCAGCUCAUGAAAACCCAAAGAACCAAGCAUCUCCAAGUCAGCCUGCCUUUGAAAGGUAUCUAAAACCUUUGGCGUG